UUGGAAACGACAGGCUCUGGUCUAUCUUGGGUUGGUUAAAACAAUAUUUGAUAUGCCUUCUUGCUCAGGCUGACGCUCGUAAAUACGCACAACGUCCCCCAGCUGCGUCAUUUCCGUUUUUAAGCCUUUUUGGGACUCCUUCUCGGAUGGCCUGUAAAGUACUGGAUUGAGCCUGUAAAAUAGACGGACCUAAACAAGAACAACGUGGAGAGAAAACAGCGUAUAAAUAUGCAUGUAUAUGUUUUACAGGUUUGGUCAUUUUAAUUCAAAGAGCAAAUAGCUAGCUACUGCUCUGCAGCGUAUACAUACUAGAAGACUAGUGCACCCUGACUCAAACACGCCACCGCAGCAAGCAGCCGAAACUCAGGUGCUGGGUUAUUGUAAACACUGACACCCUCCUGACCAGUCCAAGUCACCCAGGCCCCCCUCCCUUAACCCCACCCGUUCCCCUCCCCUACCCCCUUCCACGACUAUCCCACCCUUGACUAUGAAUGAGGUCAGCGUAGUACGAGAAGGAUGGCUCCACAAGAGAGGUGAGUACAUUAAGACUUGGAGGCCGCGCUACUUCAUCCUGAAGAGUGACGGCUCCUUCAUCGGCUACAAAGAGAAGCCUGAGCUCUCCGACCAGAGCUUGCCCCCACUCAACAACUUCUCAGUGGGAGAAUGCCAGCUGAUGAAGACAGAGCGGCCUAAGCCUAACACGUUCGUUAUCCGCUGCCUGCAGUGGACAACGGUCAUCGAGAGGACCUUCCAUGUAGAAAGCAAUGCAGAGAGAGAGGAGUGGAUGCGUGCCAUCCAGGCAGUGGCCAAUGGGUUGAAGGUGCGAGAGGAGGAGGAGCCCAUGGACCUGUUUGGCUCUCCCAGCGAUAACAGCAGCAUGGAUGUGGCCAUGUCCAAGACCCGCUCCAAAGUGACGAUGAGUGACUUUGACUACCUGAAGCUGCUGGGGAAGGGCACGUUUGGCAAGGUGAUCCUGGUGAAGGAGAAAGCCACGGGGAUGUACUACGCCAUGAAGAUCCUGCGCAAGGAGGUCAUCAUCGCUAAGGAUGAGGUUGCACACACGGUUACAGAGAGCAGAGUGUUACAGAACACCUGCCAUCCCUUCCUCACGACACUGAAAUACGCAUUCCAGACUCAUGACCGAUUAUGUUUUGUGAUGGAAUACGCCAACGGAGGAGAGCUCUUCUUCCACCUGUCUCGGGAUCGCGUGUUCACGGAAGACCGGGCCCGUUUCUAUGGCGCUGAGAUUGUAUCUGCGUUGGAGUACCUCCACUCUCGUAAUGUGGUAUACAGGGACCUGAAGCUGGAGAAUCUAAUGCUGGACAAUGACGGACAUAUUAAAAUCACCGACUUUGGGCUGUGUAAGGAAGGUAUCACGGACGGCGCCACCAUGAAGACCUUCUGCGGCACCCCGGAGUACCUGGCACCGGAGGUGCUGGAGGACAAUGACUACGGUCGCGCUGUGGAUUGGUGGGGCCUGGGCGUGGUCAUGUACGAGAUGAUGUGCGGUCGGCUGCCCUUCUACAACCAGGACCAUGAGCGGCUGUUUGAGCUCAUCCUCAUGGAGGAGAUCCGCUUCCCCCGGAACCUGGCCCCCGAGGGAAAGGCACUGCUCGCAGGCCUGCUCAAAAAGGACCCCAAGCAGAGGUUAGGGGGAGGACCGGAUGAUGCCAAAGAUGUGAUGUCCCACAAGUUCUUCACCUCCAUCAAGUGGAAGGAUGUGGUAGAUAGGAAGCUGACUCCUCCCUUCAAGCCUCAGGUGACGUCGGAGACCGACACCCGCUACUUUGACGAUGAGUUCACAGCACAGACCAUCACAGUCACGCCUCCAGACAAGUAUGACAACCUGGACUGUGAGGACCCCAACCAGCCAGCGCACUUCCCCCAGUUCUCUUACUCCGCCAGCAUACGAGAGUGACAGUCAACACCAUACACACACGGGUGCACACACACUGGAGAGACACACCACAUCAGCUCACUCACUCGCGUCCACACUUAUAAAAAAGACUGCAGUCUUGAGACACCACAUAGGCCGAUGGAUCUCUGGUUACAGCGGGGUUCUAAGUGCCGAGGCUUGCAGCCAUCUUGUCUUCUCAAACCCCGCCUACACUAUGGUCAUGCACAAAUGCAGCCUGUGAACUGCACAGGACCUCAGUACCUCACGUUGUCAGCAGCAGCAGUAGCACAUCAGCCAUGCACAGGGAGGACUAGAACCUAUAGGUGGCGCUAUAGGACACUACUGCUCCACAGAUUUGGACACAGAUUCGCUCUCAUUUUUCUUGUUUUCUCUCGCUCUCAUUCUCAUUCUUUCUCUGAAACUCCCUCUUUCUAUCUCCCCUUGUCCCUCUCACACAAACCCAGUAACUCACACUGCUGGAUAUAAGAAAAAAACACUGAAGUGAUUCUUGUUUGUUCUUGUUUACACAAAUGAGAACAAUACCCGCCCCCCCUUCUCUGAUUGUUACAGUUUAUAAGGAGUCAUAUUUCUGUGAUUUUAUCCAAGUGCUCUUUUCUGGAACUAGCUGUUACCAAUAGUGUUGAAGUGGUCCUACUGGGCAAGGGGGGUGCGGGAGGUAGAUUUGUGGUGGUGGUAACAAUUAAGAUGUUUCUCCCUCUGUGUUUAUGACUGUGUGCUUGGAGAAAUGGUGGGGAGAUCCAAAACUGAAUGUCUGCAUUUUGUGUGCGUGUGUGUGUCAGAGUGCGGUCGUGUUGCGGUAGGGGUGUGUGUGUGUGUGUGUGUGAGCUAGCUGAUUGAUUGACGUAAACUUGCCUGACGUGCAUCAGUAUCAGUAGAUUAAUUUGCGACAUCACACUACACGGAUGUUUCCGACACAGAGCUCAAGAACCUACUCUGGAAUAUGAGAAAAGCUGCAGGACAGAGUACUAUCAUUUAACUGUAAUCCAAUGAAAUUAACUAGUAUUACACUCUUGUUUCUGACUGAUGAAUAGAACAAUACGUGCUACAGAGAAAACGAAUGGGAUUUAGGGAUUCACUGUACAAGGUGUAUAUGUACAUUUUGUAAAACCCUGUUUUUAAUUGAGGACUCGUCUCAACACCUCUGCUCUUUGAUUGAGACACACCAGCCAUGUGAUUUACGAGGGUCGACUAGCACUUGGGCUGCGUUUACACAGGCAGCCCAAUUUGACAUUUUUUCUACUAAUUGGUCUAAUGACCAAUCGCAUCAGAUAUUCUCACAUCAGAUGUUUUUCAGAGCUGAUCUGAUUGGUCAAAAGACCAAUUAGUGAAAAAAAAGAUCAGAAUUGGGCUGCCUGUGUAAACGCAGCCUUAGUUACUUAAGCAAACCUCCUUUUACUCAAAUUAUGAGAUUUGUAUGUUUUAUUGUUGUUAUUUUGUUGCUUUGCGCAAGUGUUUUUCUUUCAAUUGUCAUAAACAUCUGCUGUACUAUCAGAAAUGGCCACACAGGUGGUGAUGAGUGGAUCAGUGAUGGUGAGCCGUUCUGGUCACAACACCGGGUGUGUGUUGAAUGUAAUCACGCCUGCUCCUCUUCGCCUGGUGUCUCACUGCUGGCGGUUGCUGGUCGUGACAAGGAGAUCCAGGUUGUUCUCAAAUAUUCUGUUAGUCAUGUGAGCCUUGUGUCCAUUGUGUGCCAUUUUGAAAUCAUUUCUGAGAGGAACUGUUAACUUUUUUGUCUGGUUCUCUGUAUUCCACCUUGCUGUUUCCCUGACCCCUUUGAAGACAUUUCUACUCUCAUUUAAGAAAAUUCAUAAAUGUCUAAAUGAAAGUAAA